AUGGCCACCCCCGCCCCAACCAAAAAGACCUUCACCAUUGGCACACGCAAGUCCAAGCUUGCCCUGCUGCAAACCGACUUAGUGCGUGCGGCUCUCCAGAAAACACAUCCCGACUAUGAAUUCAAGACCUUGACCAAGGAGACGGCUGGAGAUCUCAACACCACCAUUGCCCUGAAGGAUUUUACCUCGAAGAAUCUAUGGACCGAGGAGCUGGAAGAAUUGAUGAUUGGAGGCCAAGUAGACUUCAUCGUCCACUCCCUUAAAGGUAAAAGACGCAGGACCUGGUUGCCCCGCAUCAUCAUUGAACCCCACGCAAGCGAUACUAAUUUGACUUUCAAAUCCGCAGAUGUUCCUACUCUUCUCCCUGAGACGUGCACCCUGGGAAUGAUGAUGCCUCGUGAAGACAGCCGCGAUGUCUUUGUUGUGAAACAAGGGUUGCCCUACAAGAGUUUGGCAGAGCUCCCCGCCGGCUCCGUUGUUGGAACCUCCUCCAUUCGCCGCACGGCCCAAUUGGCGCGUAAAUACCCUCACCUGAAAGUUCAGGAUAUUCGCGGAAAUAUCGGAACUCGUCUGUCGAAGCUGGAUGCCGAGGACAGUCCGUAUACCUGUGCUAUCCUUGCCGCGGCCGGUCUGUUGCGCCUCGAUCUGCAGGAUCGCAUCACUCAGUACCUCGAUUCGAAGAACAGUGGAAUGCUCUAUGCCGUUGGACAGGGUGCUUUGGGAAUUGAGAUUCGCAAGGAGGACACCCUACUGUUAGAAAUGUUAACCAAGAUUGGUCACCAGGAGACUACCUAUGCUUGUUUGGCCGAGCGGAGCCUUCUGCGAACCCUUGAAGGAGGGUGCAGUGCUCCUCUAGGUGUCGAGAGCGAGUGGAUUGAGAGUGCGGGAUCAAAGAAGCUGCGUAUGCGGUCUGUGGUCGUUAGCGUCGACGGCCAGCAGUGCGCGCAAGUCGAGGUUGAUGGCGAUGUGGAUUCGGCUGAAAGUGCCGAGGCCUUUGGCGUCACAGUAGCGAAAGCAUUGGUAGAAGAAGGCGCUGGCGCAAUCCUGGAGGAAAUCCAGCGAAACAAGGUUGCCAAGGAAAGUGUUAUUGUUUAA